UCCCUCAGUUUGAGUGUGAGUAUGACAUGCAGCACUGAGAGCCAGCCCUGGUUUUACCAUCACAAGCAUCAGAUGACCCUAGCUCCGGGGAGCUGAGUGCACACAGAGGGGAGGGCUCUGCCUGAAGCAUAUCUGCAAACUUUGCACACCCAUUUCAUGUUGGGAGUCAUAGCUGAGCACUGCUUCACUGAGGAUUUUGGGGGGUCACCCCAUCAUGCACUCCUAGAGGAUGUUACUGGGGACCCCUAGUUGGCUGGAGAACAUCACAGCAGAGGACAUCUCCCAAGUGUUCCAUUAACUUGUUUCCAAGGAGAGGCAUCACUGGGGGCUGUGUAGGGGUGCAAGAGGGAACUGCUGGAUUUUGGGGGGCUGUGAACCCCUGAAAAGGAUUUAUUCUCACACCAUGGAGGGAGAAGGGAUUGGAACUAGUGUGGAUAACAGCAGCAAGGAUUCUGAUCGUCAGCUGAGGCUCCGACUGUGUGUACUUAAUGAGAUCCUCAACACUGAGAGGGACUAUGUGGGGACACUCUGCUUCCUUCAAUCUGCGUUUCUACACAGGAUAAGACAACAUGCCAUCGACCAGUCCGAGAAGAUAUCAGAGGAACAUGUCAAGAUUUUGUUCUCGAACAUCGAAGAUAUCCUGGAAGUCCACAAAGAAUUUUUGGACGUGCUGGAGUCCAGCUUGCAGCCAGAACCGCAAUCACAACACGAGCUGGGAAAUGUUUUCUUAAAAUUUAAAGAUCGUUUUUGUGUAUAUGAAGAAUACUGCAGUAACCACGAGAAAGCCUUGAGAUUAUUAAUGGAGCUUAACAAGAUCCAAGACAUUCGCGCGUUUCUUUUGAGUUGCAUGCUGCUCGGAGGAAGAAAGACUACGGACAUUCCUCUUGAAGGUUAUCUCCUCACUCCCAUCCAGAGGAUAUGCAAGUAUCCGCUUCUCCUCAAGGAGCUAGCCAAAAGGACCCCGAACAAGCACCCAGAUCACCACGCAGUGCUCAGCGCUUUGCAAGCUAUGAAGACAGUCUGCACCAAUAUCAACGAAACAAAGAGACAGAUGGAGAAGUUGGAAGCUCUCGAACAGUUACAGUCUCACAUAGAAGGAUGGGAGGGUUCCAAUCUGACUGACAUCUGUACACAGCUACUUCUACAGGGGCCGCUAUUAAAAAUAUCAGCUGGAAAUAUCCAAGAACGCAUUUUCUUCUUGUUUGAUAACCUUCUUGUCUACUGCAAGAGAAAGUCCAGGGUUGCAGGGAAGAAGUCUGCUAAAAGAACAAAAUCCAUCAAUGGCUCCUUAUAUAUAUUCCGCGGCAGAAUUAACACCGAGGUCAUGGAGGUAGAGAAUGUAGAAGACGGGACAGCGGACUACCAUAGCAAUGGAUACACUGUAACGAACGGCUGGAAAAUCCACAACACUGCCAAGAACAAAUGGUUCGUCUGCAUGGCCAAGACGGCAGAAGACAAGCAGAAGUGGAUGGACGCAGUCUUGAAGGAAAGGGAACAGCGAGAAAGUCUCAAGCUUGGGAUGGAGAGAGACGCCUAUGUAAUGAUUGCGGAGAAAGGCGAAAAACUGUAUCAUAUGGUGAGCAAAAAAUCGAACCUUAUCAAAGACCGGAGGAGAAAGUUCAGCACGAUCCCAAAAUGCUUUCAUGGAAAUGAAUUUGUGUCCUGGCUGAUGGAAAAUGGAGAGAUCGGUAAACCCGAGGAAGGUGUAAACUUGGGCCAAGCUCUGUUAGAGAACGGAAUCAUCCAUCACGUUUCUGACAAACACCAGUUUAAGAAUGAGCAGGUGUUGUAUCGAUUCCGCUACGAUGAUGGAACAUACAAAGCAAGAAGCGAACUUGAAGAUAUCAUGUCUAAGGGUGUGAGGCUUUACUGUCGACUGCACAGCCUUGUAACACCAGUGGUCAAAGAUCGAGAUUACCAUUUGAAGACCUACAAAUCGGUCAUUCCGGCCAGUAAACUUGUGGACUGGUUGAUUUUUCAGGGAGAUUGUCAGACUCGAGAGGAAGCUGUCACACUUGGUAUCGGACUGUGUAACAAUGGCUUCAUGCAUCAUGUCUUGGAGAAAAGCGAGUUUAAAGAUGAAUCUCAGUUCUUCCGAUUUCAUGCUGAUGAAGAAAUGGAGGGGACGAGUUCCAAGAACAAACAGCUGCGGAAUGACUUUAGACUCAUUGAGAACAUCUUGGCCAAGACUCUACUGAUACUUCCACAAGAAGAAGAUUACGGUUUUGAUUUGGAGGAAAAGAACAAGACGAUUCUUGUUAAAUCUGUGCGGAAAGGAUCUUAUGCCGAGAUGGCGGGACUGCAAGUGGGGAGGAAGAUCUACUCGAUAAAUGAGGACCUAGUGUUUCUACGUCCUUUUUCAGAAGUGGAGACGAUGUUAAACCAGUCUUUCUGCUCGAGGCGCCCAAUUCGAAUCCUUGUUGCAACGAAAUCAAAAGAAAUUAUAAAAAUCCCAGAUUCCUCUCAAGCUCUUUGCUUCCAGAUCAGAGGUUCAUGCCCACCUUAUGUCCACGCGGUUGGUAGAGGUUCUCAGGCUGCAGCUACUGGCCUUAAUCCAGGACAAUGUGUUCUGAAAGUAAACGGGAACAACGUGAUGCAUGACGGCUACAUCGAGGUUCUAGAACAUUUUUCAGCUUUCCGAAAGAACCCUCAGAACCCUCUGGGAUUAUUCCAAUGGAUCUACAGAACGCAUGAAGAUGCUGAUGAAGACCGUGUUGAAAGAGAAAAAUCAGACGAAUGCUUAAAUGGAAGCUUGUGUGAGACAAACCAAGCCGGUUUGAUCCAGAAUGCCAGCUCUCCGAUCAGUGAGGAUGCCCCACUCAUCAGCCUCAGUGUGGAAAAUGUCCACUUGGAGCAUGGAGUGGUUUACGAAUAUAUGAGCACAGCAGGCAUUAAGUGUCAUGUCCUUGAGAAAACUGUGGAACCAAGGGGAUCAUUCGGAAUCACGGCAAAGAUUCUUCAAGCCUUCAUUGCUGAUGACGAUCAAUUUGUGAAGAAUUGCCAAAGGCUAAUCUCCAUGAGCAAGUCUGUGAUGACCAUGCCACAAUAUGAAUUCAGGACAAUAUGUGACACUAAACUGGAAAGCAUCUGCGAAAGAAUUAAAAACUACGAGCAGUUUUCAGAAGAACUCAAGAUGAAAGUCAGUCCUUCCUUCAAACGAGCUACAAACGAACCCAGUCCUCUCCAAAGCAUGGAUUUCUGCCCUACCAAUUGUCACAUUAACCUCAUGGAAGUGUCGUAUCCCAAAAGCACAACCUCCACUGGACGGCCCUUCAGCAUUCGAUUUGGGAGGAAAAACUCAUUCUUUGGUCUUGAUCCAGAUCAAGUUGGCAACUUAAAUCCGAUGUCCUACUCCCAACACUCCAUUGCCAGCAUGGCAGCCCCGUCAUGGAAAUGUCUAGAGGAGGCAGAGGAAGCCGACUGCUUGAAUAACAGUUUCUCGGGCAGCAGCUUUUCUCAGAUGAACGGCGGGGUGGACCACAAGGAUCGAGGGCUUAGUUAUCUCCUCAAACAUGAAGAUACAGAUAUACAGGACGCAUAUCUGCAGCUUUUCAACAAGUUGGAUGUGGCAGUGAAGGAAAUGAAGCAAUAUGUCACCCAGAUAAACAAGUUGCUGUCCACCAUCACAGAACCUUUAACAACAGAGCCUCCUUGUGAGACCAUGCCACCGGAGGGAACACCUCCAUCUUCAAUGGUGACAGAGGAUGGAGACAUGGACAAGGCAGAGCAUGGAGGAAUAAAGAGGGUGUGCUUCAUGGUUUCAGAAGAGGACCAGGAAGAUUCUGGGCAUGAUACAGUUAGUUACAGAGAUUCUUACAGUGAAUGUAACAGCAAUCGAGAUUCUGUCCUGUCCUAUACGAGUGUGCGGAGUAACAGUUCCUACUUGGGUAGUGAUGAGAUGGGGUCAGGGGAUGAGCUUCCAUGUGACAUGAGAAUACCAUCUGACAAACAGGACAAAUUACACGGCUGCCUGGAGCAUCUAUUCAACCAGGUAGAUUCCAUCAUUGCUCUUCUUAAAGGGAAAGUCAUGUCUAGGGCCUUUGAGGAAACUAAACACUUUCCAAUGGAGCACAGCUUGCAAGAGUUUCAGAAGAAAGAGGAAUGGACCAUAAAAUGCAGAAGUAUGAUCCAGAUCAGUAUUCGAGAAGAUCCCUGGAAUCUGCCAAACUCCAUUAAGACCCUUGUGGAAAGCAUUCAGAAAUACGUUGAAGAUGGCAAAAAUCAGCUCCUGCUAGCCCUGCUGAAGUGUACAGACACUGAGCUGCAGAUCAGACGAGAUGUUAUUUUCUGCCAAACGCUCGUGGCUGCAAUAUGUACCUUUACGGAGCAGCUGAUGGCUGCGCUGAACUACCGAUACAACAAUAACGGCGAAUACGAGGAAAGCAGCCGCGAAGCCAGCAGGAAGUGGCUGGAACAGAUAGCUGUAACGGGAGUCCUAUUAAACUAUCAGUCACUUCUGUCACCACGAGUGAAAGAAGAACGAGUUAUGCUAGAAGACAUCGAGGUGACACUGACAGACAUGGACAAAGUGGUGUUUUAUUUCAAAGAAAUGGAUGAAACUCUGGUAGCAAAUACCUCUGUGUUCCACCAUAUAGAAGGAUGUCGGCAGUCACUAAAAGUAAUAUUUUACCUCGAUAGUUAUCAUUUCUCCAAAUUACCAACCAGAUUUGAACACGGAGGAUGUUUAAAACUUCAGUCUGUUUUAUUUACAAAAGCUUUGGAAAGCCUGGAAGGUCAGAUCCAGCCUGGUUCCAGUACUCCACUGGAGGAGAUACAGCAGCAAAUUAACAGGGUUUCUAUGGACAAAGUCCAAAAUUACUACCGCAAACUCAGGGCGUUUUACCUUGAAAAGUCAACUGAUUCUAAUACAACGGCCAUUAAAAUAGAUCAGCUGAUUCGUCCUAUGAAUGCACUGGAUGAGCUGUGCAGACUCAUGAAAUUGUACAUUAGUACAAAACUUCCCCAGUCGGGAUAUGCUAACAGCAAUAUAUACGGAGCCGGACUUUUAUCCACCUCCUCGGAGCUUUGUUAUCGGCUCGGGGCCUGCCAGAUCGUAAUGUGUGGGACAGGAAUGCAAAGGAGUACAUUGAGUGUUUCCCUGGAGCAGGCGGCUAUACUUGCGCGGAGCCAUGGGCUGCUCCCAAAGUGUAUAAUGCAAGCAACAGACAUAAUGAGAAAACAGGGUCCCCGCGUGGAAAUAUCUGCAAAAAACUUAAAAGUAAUGGAUCAAAUGCCACAGACGGCACCACGGAUCUACAGACUAUGCCUACCACCGGUAGAUGGUGACUUGUGAACAUGAAGGACUGCAGAUGAAACUAGUGAUCGUCCUUGAACUUCGGUGGGUAAUGAAGACACUCACCGACUCCAGAGACAAAUUGUUGUGGUUGGCUUUCCACUUUAGAAAUGCUAACAGGAAGCACAAAAAUAACCCCAGAACAUUAACUGGAUUGUGACUUUUCUUCAAAGGCUAAAGAAUCUGGACUUUGGACAGCACACUGCCAAAACCUUCCUGCUUCAUUAUGAGGCCAAAUGAAAUUGUCCACGUGGACAUCAUGCAUUUGUCCACACUUGGGCAUGAGUACGGAAGACAUCUGGAUGGAUGCUACUGAUUCGUCAAGCAUAUAACUCUGUAUCU